AUGCCCAGAAACAGAAGUGAUGCGGCAGUGGAGGAUGUUUCAGUAGAAAUUGAUGAGGAAGAAAGUGAAGAUGAACGCAAAGGCAGGAGAGGGAAUAGGAAGCCAGCCAAUGGAAGGGCAGCUAGAGGCAGAAAAACCGUGGAUGAGGAGGACGAGGAUGAGGAUGAGGAAGACGCUCCUAAAAGAAGAAGAGGGGGAAACAAGAAGAAGCCAACAAAAGCCCAGGAUAGUGAAGGUGAAAGUGAAGAAGAGGCUCCAAAAAAACAAAGGGGAGGAAACAGGAAGAGAGGUGGUAAAGUGCAGGAUAGUGAGGAAAGUGAGGAAGAGAAAGGAAAGAAGGGAAACAAGAAGGGAGCCAAUAAGAAAGAGAAAGAGGAGCAGAACAACAAGGAGAAGAAAGGAGAUGCCAAAGGAAAGGGAAAGAAGAAUGAUGAUAAAGACAAGAAUACAAAAAAGAAGAAAAAAGACAGCUCAUCAGACUCAGACUCGAAUGCAGACUCGGAGUCAGACCAGUCCAUGUCAGAGGGCGAGAUGGCACGACUCAUGGAGGAGGUUGAGGAGAAGAAAAAGCUCAUCGCCAAUAUCAGGAACAAGCCAUGGCGGAUGAAGAGGAGGCUAGAACAUCUCAAAGAUGCGCAGCAGUUUGUGGACAAGUUUGAAGGUGCCCUGGGCAAAGGGAAAGGGCGUAAGCUGUAUGCCUACAAAGUGAUGAUGACCAAGAAAUGGAUCAAGUUUCAAAGAGAUUUUGAAAAUUUCAAGACAGCGUGCAUACCUUGGGAACGGAAAAUAAAAGAAGUUGAGAGUCACUUUGGAUCUUCUGUAGCGUCAUACUUCAUAUUUCUGCGCUGGAUGUAUGGAAUGAAUUUAGUCCUCUUUGGCCUUACGUUUGGGUUAGUUGUGAUCCCUGAGCUCUUGAUGGGCUUGCCCUAUGGAACAAUUCCCAGGAAGACCGUGCCGAGAGCAGAGCAGGACACAGCUAUGGAUUACUCAGUGCUCAUGGACUUCAAUGGUUACUGUAAGUACUCUGUGCUCUUCUACGGCUACUAUAACAGCCAGAGAACCAUCGGCUUUUUGAAGUUUAGGCUGCCCUUGUCGUACCUCAUGGUUGGAUUGGGCACCUUUGGCUACAGUCUUAUGGUUGUCAUACGAACGAUGGCCAGAAAUGCCGACGUAGGGGGUGGAGACGGAGAAGAUGGAGAGUUCACCUUUGCCUGGAAAAUGUUCACCAGCUGGGAUUACCUCAUUGGCAAUUCUGAGACAGCAGACAACAAGUAUGCAUCCAUCACCACUAGUUUCAAGGAGUCCAUUGUAGAUGAGCAGGAAAACCAGAAGGAUGAGAACAUCCACCUAAGGAGGUUCUUGCGUGUUUUGGCCAACGUGAUGAUCAUCUGCAGCUUGGGUGGAAGCGGGUAUCUCAUCUACUUUGUGGUGAAGAGGUCCCAAGAUUUUGCCACCAGGGAUGACUUGAGCUGGUACGAGAAGAAUGAGGUGGAGAUAGUGAUGUCCCUGCUGGGCCUGGUGUGCCCGCCCCUCUUUGAGACAAUCGCCGAGCUGGAGGACUAUCAUCCCCGCAUCGCCCUCAAAUGGCAGCUGGGUCGCAUCUUCGCACUCUUCCUGGGAAACCUCUACACCUUCCUAUUUGCCUUGUUUGAUGAAGUCAAUGCAAAGCUGGAAGAGGAGGACUCCAUUAAAAAUGCCACCAUCUGGGCAAUGAAGGAGUACUAUGCUAAUUUCACAGCCUACAACAACGACAGCAGUGCAACCGCUCCUCCCAUCAAUCCUGCUGAUAUCAUCCGAGGGCCUUGCUGGGAGACCACUGUGGGCAUUGAAUUUGUUAAACUCACUGUUUCGGACAUCCAAGUGACGUAUCUUACCAUCCUGAUUGGUGACUUCCUGCGUGCUGUGAUUGUGAGAUUUCUGAACUACUGCUGGUGCUGGGACCUGGAGGCGGGCUUUCCCUCCUAUGCAGAGUUUGACAUCAGCGGCAAUGUGCUUGGUCUGGUCUUCAACCAGGGCAUGAUUUGCCUGGCUAUUUACUACCUGAACUCUGUCUCAGAAGCGUACAUAAACUCCAACAACGAACUGAAGAAGAAGAUGCAGAUGCAAAGAGAUGAGGAGAAAAAUCGCAGAAAUAACACAAAUAGCACUAAUCAAGUGAUGAAAGAUCUAGAAGACCUGCUUCCCAACCGCUCUCUAGCACCCAAAGCACCUGCAGAGAGCAACAACGAUCAGGGUGGUAAACCUGCCAAGGUUACAGGAAAGCCUGGGACGGCAGCCACUGGUGUCAACCUUCAGAAGGAUGUGUCCCUGGCGAGCCCCAACCCCCGCAUUGCAGUUACACACCCCCCAGGACCCCGGGGACCAGGGCCCCUACCUGGGGCAGAAACUAGCCGGAGCCGUGGGCGGACACAGCCCUCCAGGAACUAA